AAGUCAGUAAAUUUAUUUGCAAUUAACCAUUUCAUUUUAAAACGGUGCAAAUGUCUGUGUGUGCGCCUAAACAAUUGAAGUACGCAGAUUAUUUUGAAAAAAUGGUGGAAUUCCUCUUCUAAAAAUGUUCCCCUCGUCAUUUAAGUUUUAGUUUUCUCAUGCCAUGUAUUUCUGUUUUUUGUUGUUACAUUCAGCCCCAUCUUAGCACAGCUCGCCUCUGUCUUACAGCGUGGUUCUCUUUUUUGCUGGCAGACAACAGGAAGUCUGCAAAACCACAGGUUCUGUUGCCUGUGUCAAACAAACAGGCAGCUAGUUUCAACAUGCCGCCGUUUCUAGCAAGUGGGCUGUCAAGUAUGAGCAAAAUUCAAGAAUGAAUUUGUGCAUAUAUUUGACCGGGUCCUCUCAAACAGCCUUGUGUCAAGUCAAAAGCAGGAGUCCCUUUAAUUCCUGUUAAAAAAUAAUCUGCUUUUUUUCCCACAGAAGAAAUGAUUCCAUGAGUUUUUAAAAAAUACGGGCCAUGUCGAUAGGGGUGGGUCAGGGGUUGAGAAAGGAACAGGAAGAAACUCAGCAGUCAGAGUGUGAAACAGAACGGCUUCACACAGGCACCGUGUCAGCUUUCAACUCUCUAAUUAAUUCCUUUUCAAAGGAAAAAAAAAUUGGCAGGUUUGAGCUGGAUAUGAAGCAGCUGUUUUGUGUUUGUUCAAGGAGGUGAAGCCCAUGAGGGCUACAUACACCAACUACAAUUUAGAGGACCUCAUUUCAACUUCUGUAGGUGUGGAAUAAGGUUCCCAUAUCUGCUGGAUGACUGAGGGACAAUUCAGCGGACGCUGACAUGGACUGCGCGGAGGUCAGAGGUGAAAGCCCAGCGGAGGAGCAGCUGGAGCCCCUUCUCAUUCUCGAAGAGGGGGACGAGCCAGAGGAGUUCACAAACAACACGGCCAGGGAGAAAGGCGUGCUGAGGAUGAAGAAGACAGAUGAAGACGUAGGAGAAGACAGCAGUGGAAUUAAAGGGUGUGUGGAGAAAAGUGUGGAUACUAAUGCUAAAGUGGAAGAAUGUAAGAGUGAGGAGGUGGAUGUAGACGUAAAUGAGAGGAAGGUGGAGAAGCUAGAAGGUCAACAAGAAGAGGUGUUGGAAAACGAGGGUGGAGGGCCUGAACAAGUGACAGGAACUAAGGAGAACUUGUCAGAAGGAAGGCAGGAGGAUUCUGAGGUGAGCACAGUCGAAACUGGAGCUGGAUUGGCAAGAACAGAGAAGGUAGCAGGGAAAGAGAUGGAAGGACCUCUUCUGGAGACGGACGUAGUGGCUAAAGAUAAGCUGCAUGUGCCUCCUGAUGUCCAGUCAUCAGCUAAACUACGACCCAAAGACCGCCUUAGGCCUGAAGACGCUCAGCAAAAGUUCCACAGGUUGUCCCCAGAUUUUCCGGACACUCUGUACGAGCUGCUGUGCACCCUGCAGGAGGGCCGGCGGCUGAAUGACCAGCGCUGCUCCUUCAGACUAGAGGGACGGAGGAGGUGUUACUCUGAACCCAGCACCCCCCGCCACAGCCAGAGAGUGGUGUUCUCGUCCAUGACCUCGCUGCAGAAGGAGGAGUUCUUUGACUUUCUGGCCACUUCCCAAGCUCGUCGGCUGGACGACCAGCGCGCAGAAUUCCAGAGCCUUUCCCCAGUCCCCUCGUCCCCGGAGCCUCAACACUCCUCCAGCUCCCCCACCCCCAGCACCUCCAUCGCCACCACCACCGCUGCCCAGACCAAAGUCAAGCCUAGGAAAGGCAGUUGCAAGGCCCUGGAGGCCAGCCGGACUGUUCCCAAACCACCACCCAAGGAGGAGCUGUACAACAUGAUCCUCACCUCCCAAGCUCAGGGCCGUUUGGAGGAGCAGCGUAGCAAGCCCCCGGGCCCUAUGGAUGAUGAAGAUUUCUUUUCUCUGUUGCUGAAGGUCCAGGGAGGGAGGAUGGAUGAGCAGCGGACGGAGCUGCCUGUAGCACUUAAGUAUUGAGAGACACGGUGGCUAACGCUGUCGAAUAGGACACGGGCACUAUUUCUUCUGUGUCUGAAACCUGCUUUUUAGUUACUUCUGAGGAUCUUUUGUAUUUGAAUAUUAUUGGUAUUUGACCAGUCGUACAAAAAAUAACAGUGUGAUUUACAAAUGCAAAAUAUUGCAGAAGGCUCUUCUCAAAAAGUACUUUAUUUCCUAUUUAAGACACACAAAAUGAUCUCCCAGUUGUUUUGAUGGCAAAUAUGCUGAAAGAUGACAUUUCAAAAGACACAUUAUUGAGCAAAAUGGCAGCAGAGCCUGAACAGUAGAAUGCUUUGCCUUUAGUGUGGUUAGUGUAUUUAGUGCGUUAGAGAAGACAUUUCACAACAUACCGUGAAGUAUGUUAAAGGCACACUUACGAAUCCUUGAAACAUAUUCAAAGAUCAGGCUCUGUUGUUUUUGGCCAAAUGUUUGUUGGUGCAGUUGAAUGCAUUUAACUGAAAAUCUUACCUGGAGCUGUGAUUGGAUAAGGUGCUCAAAAGCACUGUGGUAUUAUCAGUAUUGCAAAAGCCAUCGUGAUUAUGAUCCGUAAUACAAUAGAUUGUGCAGUAUGUUACUAUUCAGAGGUUUGGAAUCAUUGUUUUUUUGAUAAUAUAAAACCGAUUUGCUUAGAGAAAUGUAUAAAAUAACUCUAAUAUAAUGUUAAUAGGUUCAAAAUGAUUAGUACAGAUGUGCUCUGAAUAGGCCUGUCACAACUAUUGUACUUGCCUGACCGCAACUAUUUGAGCUCAUCCCAGUUAGCUUUUACAAUCAAUCGUUUACAUCACAACAGAACGUGAAUCGGGUAUUUCUUCAUCGGUUCAGCUGAGACAAAGGCAUGUAAAUAAAAGAAAGUACACUCUCAGUGCAAAGAGAGGAAGGGACGGUAAAGAGAGAAGACACUCGGCUAGGUUAGCCUCAGUGCGUUAUAUAGCUAGGCAUGCAGACUUGACGCAAAUUUUAUUCCUUUUUUUUGAGAAGUUUUAACACAAUGUACAUACAUUAUGAGUAUUAUUGUUGUCUGGCUGUAAGCGCUGUGCUAAAACGUGUGGUGUAUUGCCUGCCUUUUUUGUUGUUGCUAGCUGUGAUGGCUGCCGCAUGCUAACUAGCAGGCUAGCAGAGAUGUAUCAGCAGACAACAGAUAAAACCCUCUUAACAUAGUUUAUUUAAAAAAUAAGUAUUUUGUAGUGCCCUGGCUCGUAAACAGCUCUGUCUGACAUUAUUUUUGCAGUUGAAAAGGAAAUGAGUCAGGUCACAAUGCUUUCUUGGCCUCUCCUGACACUUGUCUUCACUCGUACCCUCUUUAAAAGCUUCAUCUGAGCUAAUACAGUGAUACAACAGCCUCUAAGAUGGCCUCAGGGAAAAUGGUGAGGCUGAGGGUGUAUGAGGGCAUGUUAAAACAGGUGUGGAAAUGGGUGGCAUGUAUUGACAACUGGGCAGUAAGACAGCUAAUCAGGCAAUUUGGUCUCUUCAGGCCUUCAGUACUUUAGUAGCUGCAAACAAUGAACAAAAAAUGAUGAUGGGAGUUAAUCAGCAGCUGAAAUUUCAUAUUUGUGGCAGGCCUAGUCCAGAAUGACGAAUGAAGCUGUAGAUGAUUGUGAAAUGACUGAGAGAAGCUGUAGAACAUCGAGAAGUAUAAUAAAGUUUGUGGGAUGCCUAUUUGAAAAAAUAGUAAUUAAAUCUCAAUGCAAGCAAAAACAACAAAUGACUAUAUAGACAUUAUCACAGUAUUAUUUAUCAAUUGACAACUUAUUCUUUGAGAUUAAACAGCUCUGAAUGCCUUUUGGUGCCUAUAUUAUUUCAAUAGGUUGUUUUUGUGUAAGGGUUUAAAUAAUGUGUUACUUAUAAUUGAAUUAAAUAACAUGGCAAGUGA